ACAAACGCAGGGGCGGAUUCAAUUCGUAACUUCAGACGGACACAGAGCUCAAGACAGAAGCGGAAAAAGUUCAACACGUGCUCUCUGUUAACAGCGUAAACUGCAAAACACAAAACUUAAUCUCACUUUAAAUUCGCAACGCAUUUAAAAUCUUACGAUGCCAGCCCAAAUCAUCUGCGGGAAAACGAUCUCAGCUCAGGUAAGAGGGAGACUGAAGGAAGAGGUGGAAGGCAUGAGAAUGACUCAUCCCAAUUUCAAACCAGGCCUUGUAGUGUUACAGGUGGGAGACAGAGAGGACUCAAACUUGUACAUCAGCAUGAAGCUAAAAGCAGCUGUUGAGAUCGGGAUCAGUGCUGUACAUGUGAAGCUUCCACGGACUGCAACUGAAAAUGAGGUUAUGCGCCGUGUAAUGGAAGUCAAUGAGGACUCCAAAAUUCAUGGGCUCAUAGUCCAGCUGCCCCUUGACUCCGUCCACACUAUUAAUACAGAAAGGAUUAUCAACAGCGUGGCUCCAGAGAAAGAUGUGGAUGGAUUGACGAGUAUAAAUGCAGGGAAACUGGCACGUGGUGAUCUUGGGGACUGUUUUAUCCCAUGUACUCCUAAUGGAUGUAUGGAGCUCAUCAAACAAACAGGUGUGUCAUUGGCAGGAAAAAGGGCUGUGGUAAUUGGCCGCAGUAAGAUUGUUGGUGCACCAAUGCAUGACCUUCUGCUUUGGAAUCAUGCAACUGUACUGACCUGUCAUUCAAAGACUGCAGACUUGGCCUCUGAGGUGGGAAAGGCAGACAUAUUGGUGACUGGGAUUGGUAAACCAGAGAUGGUUCGUGGAGAGUGGCUGAAGGAUGGUGCCAUUGUCAUUGACUGUGGUAUUAACACCAUCACAGACAGCAGCAGGCCAAGUGGGAAGAGAAUUGUUGGAGACGUUCACUAUGACUCUGCUAAAGAUAAGGCUGCAUUUAUUACACCUGUACCUGGAGGAGUCGGUCCAAUGACUGUAGCCAUGCUCAUGCAGGUACAUUAUUCCUUUAUGAACAAUUCAUUGAAUGAUGUCACUAUCUCUCGGUCCUGUGUACCUAAACCCAUUGAAUGUCUUGCUGAGGAAGUUGGUCUUUUCUCGGAUGAGGUUGAGCUCUAUGGCAGGACCAAAGCCAAAGUCCAACUGAAAACGAUUGAUCGACUGCAGGCUCAACCUGAUGGCAAAUAUGUGGUUGUUACUGGAAUCACUCCGACUCCUCUGGGUGAAGGAAAGAGUACAACUACAAUAGGGUUGGUUCAAGCACUUGGGGCUCAUCUGAACCUUAAUGCAUUUGCAUGUGUGCGCCAACCAUCACAAGGUCCAACAUUUGGCAUCAAAGGUGGUGCUGCUGGUGGGGGAUACUCGCAAGUUAUUCCCAUGGAAGAGUUCAAUCUUCAUCUGACUGGUGACAUUCAUGCCAUCACAGCAGCCAAUAACCUGGUAGCUGCUGCAAUUGAUGCUCGUAUGUUCCAUGAAGCCACCCAGUCUGAUAAG